AUGGCUGGAUGGAAACUUGCUCGAAAAGCCAUUGACUGGGUAGCUUUUGGGGAGAUCAUACCCCAACAUCAGAAUGCCACUGCCAACUCCCUGAAGUCCUGGAAUGAGACCCUGACCUCCAGGUUGGCUGCUCUGCCUGAGAGGCCACCUGCCAUCCACUGGGCUUACUCUAAGGCCAGCAUGGCAAAGGUGGGCUUGGUGGAUGACUUCGAGAUUAAUGCCCUGAAGCUUCCUAUGCUGGAGGAUAAGUAUACUGCCCUGGUGGAUGCUGAAGAAAAAGAAGAUGUGAGAAGCUGUGCUGAGUUUUUGUCUCUCUCGAAGACCAGGAUUGAGGAAUACGAGAAAGAGCUGGAGAAGGUGAAGAACGUAAUUCCAUUUGAUCAGAUGACCAUUGAGGACCUGAAUGACGUCUUCCCAGAAACCAAAUUAAACAAGAAAUAUCCCUACUGGCCUCACGAGCCAAUUGAGCAUUUAUAA